AUGGCGGAGACAAUGGCCGAGCGACGCACGCGGAAAUUUGAAGAAUGGGCUGCAAUGGAAAGUUUAUGGGACAAGGCGAUCCAGUCUCCAGCGGAGAUCACCCAGGAAGAAAAACACAAGGUCCUGGGGUGGCCGACGUGGGAAGAAAUGCAGGAAAAUACGCAAAACUCUUACUUCGCUGAAUGUCGCCUGGCCCAUGAUGACUUUCGUGUUUUGAAACGGAUGGAAAGUGUCGACUACCACACGAGGAAAAUAGGACGGGCAAGGCGUCCAGACCUGGAAGAGAAGUGGAAGGCAGCCUGUGCUGCAGUGCUAUCCCAAGAAGAGCAGCAGGCUAUGAGGAACAUGGCAAGCCCAGAGAAGUAUCACACCAUGCAAGAGACGCACUACGCAGCAAAUAGAGAAGCACGGCAGAAAGCGAGAACUGUUCCCCCUGAAUGGGUGAAGAAAAUACUGGAAAGAGAGGACAAGGCGUGGGGUUAUGUAAUCUACCACCCCAGAAUCCUCCCUGAGAACAAGCACGCGAUGGAGGUCUGGGAAGAUGAAGGAUAUAUGGCGGGAUUUCAAUCAGAUGAAUCAGCAAUUCUGUGA